GAACGAUUUUAGACGCAAGUUCACAAUCGUAGCAACCUGCAAACUACUUGCGUUAUCCGUCCAAAACAUAUGUUAAUUCACAAAGAGGGCUAUCCACAGGAUAUUGAAACACUGUAUAUGUACAUAAACCAAUAUAUUACACGCAAAUGGAGAUUGAUUUAUAAAUUAUAGUUCUUUAAAAGCACCAUGACAGAGGUUGUAUUAUGCCCCAAUCAGAUUGAAUGGCUCGAGAUUUGUGCUCAUCAGUAUCAUCUAUCAGUCAGUGAUGUACUCGCCAAGCUGGUCAACUUCGUCAAUUCAGAAUCUAAAGAAAGGAAACGAAUUGUGUUUACACAAAUUCGUUGUGGGAGAUGUACUCAAGCAACCACUGGUGGCAAGAAGGCAACCGUAGAAUUAAACUUUCUGCCUGAACACAUUGCUUGGCUCGAGAAUGUGCGAGAUAGAUGCCAGCAUUCCUCAAUGUCUAAGACUCUCCGGGUCAUGUUCGACUUUUACAUACCGGCUUUGCAAGCUUCAGAUCUUGACACAUUGUUUGGGGUUGACAUGUCCUAACUGAAGAAAUGUGCGACAACGGUGUCCUAUGCACAACUUAUCGCCUUUUCAUGGAUAGCCCGAAAUAAAGUACACUGAUCCGCGCUCAUGGACGGCAGAUACUGCCGAUGCAUUUACCCACAGACACGCGAAUUGGCGCUCGGUGUAUCUGGGGUCAGAGUGGGAACGAUAAUCCGGCGAGUACUAUUGGCACGUUCUUUUGCUGGCCCUUCACGGCUUGUCUUCUCUAUGCCGGUGGUUGGCAGACCGAGAUAUGCACUCUGCCAUGUGAUCGUUCUUCAUGAGGCCUGAGUCCGAUUUGGAUGUUUUGCCAAUAUCUGGAGAUAAUUAAGGCUUCCUUCCAAUACAGUAAGUUGCCUUGGGCAGUUACCGAUGAUACCGAAAUCAUGGCACUAUUUUGACCGAGCAGUAUUUAGAAGUUGAGUGUUUUCCAAGCUCCUGGAAUAACACAUUUGUACCUUAUGAUUAUCGCUCGCGGAUAGUGGGUAUUUCUGCUCGAAAUGGAUAGCACAAGCUCUUUUGGUCACGAGUUUCCAGAGCAUGUGAACGUGCGUUAGCACGCCGGGAUUGAAUACGGAGUAAGCUGAUGUUCACCGAGUCGAACACCUAAAUCUGUCAUAACAUUGCAAAACAAAGCCAACAAAUAUGACAAUAAAAGGAUGACAAGCACCA